AUGGUUUUGGACGAAUUUUCGAAGUUGAGGCAUUGGCAGGUCUGCCUCAUGGUGAACCUGAGGCAAAAUUGGCAUUGUUAUACCCACUUUCCUAAUUUCUGUCAUCCAUUCAUUUGUCUUCCUUCACUGAAAUCUCGUAGGUUCGAGAAAUUUCACUGGUUCAUUAGCUCGGACAAUUACCUUGUGUUGGCCGGUCGAGAUGAUGUGCAAAACGAGACUCUGUUCAAACGUUACUUUCGUCAACACGAUAUCUACGUUCACGCCGACAUCCAUGGUGCUAGCAGUGUUAUCGUCAAGGCGAGAACGCUUCAACCCUGCGAGAAGUCGUCUGAAGGUAAGGCGAAAGUUGUAGUCAAAGAAAAGGCUUGCUUCAAGAUGUUUAUCACGUCCUUGAAAGGAGAGCUUUGGCGUGAUUUCAUUAUCAAGUGUUUGGUUGUAGACGCAGAGGACAGUGGAACUGCUAUCCCUCAGCCACCAAUGCGAACCCUGUUUGAGGCAGGCCAUAUGGCAGUUGCCUUGAGCAAUGCGUGGUCCUCCAAGGUCAUUACAAAUGCCUGGUGGGUGCGGUAUGACCAAGUCUCCAAAACGGCACCGUCUGGAGAAUACUUACCGACAGGGUCGUUUGUGAUUCGAGGCAGGAAGAAUGUGCUGCCCCAAUGUCUCCUCACAUACGGCAUUGGAAUUCUAUUCAAACUCGGUGAAGAUUCUGUGGAACGACAUGUUGGUGAACGUUGCAUCGAUUUGGAAUCCAUAGCAGAAACUAGAGCCAUUCUGAAGAGGUACGACAUUGUACCGCAGACUGAUAACAUACCAGAAGAAAGCGAAGAUGAAGACGCCGAUAUCGCCAGAGCCUUUGGUAAUUAUGUGCGCCUCAUGUGUCUGUCUGCGAGCCGCCUCCUAUUAACGGCCUCUCUGAUAAAAUUUCACCUUGUCUUGAACAAGAGUCGCUCUCGUUUGCCUACCUUUAGAAUAAAAAAGCCGCAAAUACAGGCGGUUCAACAACCCCCAAAGACAAAUUCUCCAGUUAAAGAGAAGUAUCCAAGCCGACCACAGUCAAAGGCCAAAUCCAUGGGACCAAAUCCACUCAAACGUGGACAGAAGGCAAAAAUGAAGCGCAUACGACAAAAGUACGCCGAUCAAGAUGAUGAAGAGCGUCAGAUGCGCCAACGCAUUCUUCAAGGCGCAAGUGGAAAGCUGAGUGCGGUCCAUGCUAUCGGCAAGCCUCCUCAUCCCGAGGAAGAGGACGGGGAGGUGGAGGUGGAAGAGAACAAUGUGGAAGUUGAAAAAGUGGCUGAAGAACAUUCACUUCCACGUUUUGACGACAAUGGGCAGGAGGAACAUUCAGAGAUGGUUGACAAGAAAGACAAGGGAAAGGUGAAUGCAUCCUCUUCUAGGUUGGAGGAAGACGAUGGGAAGGUCGAUUUUGCUGGUUCGCUGGGGGAUGUUUCGCUGUUGGAAACGCUAACAGGACAACCGCUGGCAGAGGACACUCUCCUCUUCGCUCUACCUUUCUGUGCACCAUUCAGCGCUCUGCAGAAAUUUAAAUACAAGGCGAAACUGGUUCCGGGCGUUCAAAAGAAAGGCGAGAGUAAGUGUUGCGUCAAAAUCCUUCUAAUGUUUAUGUUCUUCUUCCGCGUAGUUACGAGAGUGGCUAUCCAUCACUUUACCAUGGACAAAGAAGCGAGCGAUCUGGAGAAACAACUGAUUCAAGCUAUCAGAGAGGAGGACAUAUGUCGUGUGCUUCCGGGAUCGGCGAAAAUAGCGUUUCCUGAACCAAUACUCAGGCCCCCCAGCAGUCGCAGCACUUCUGCCGCACAGCGUCAAGUGAUACCCUAA